CAGGAGGUUUGAAAUUAGUUAAAAAGAUGACAUCUACAAACUCAAUACGAUGAAACUAUCUGCAGACAUCCUGCAUAACAAACGCUUCUCUCAGAAGCGUGUGGAUGACCAUUACACUCUCAUGACAAAACCUAUCAACGGACAGUUUAUAGCGAACACCUCUCCAUAGCCGACUUUGUUUUAGGUACUAAAUUUACAUUACUCCCUUAAACUUACCAUUCUAUAGCGGACACACCCAGAAGUGGAAUAAAUUAAACAACUUUUGUAAGAAGUCUGUUUGUGUUUUUCGUAAGACAGUACUGUGCAACUUUAAAAUAUUUUCUGCGCUAAGAGAAAUUAAAAUCUCAAAGUUUUUUGACGCAAUAUAAACUAAUUUGGGAAGAACUUUUACGUAACGGACACUUUUUGGUAGACACUUUUUUUGGUCCCAAGGGUAUCUGUUAUGGGGAGGUUUCACUGCAAUUAAUAAUGUCUUAAAGUCAUACAUUCACCCACCCACCCACCUACCAACGCCAGCAACGUCAUUGUUCCAAAAAUGCAAAACACAAGGUUUUAGGGUCUUGGAAGUAGAGAUACAAAAGAAUAACAUAGCUUUCACCUUUACCUCUUGCAUAUUGAUGCUCUCUCGUGUGUUGAUUUUUCAAAGAAAAACAAUGAAUUAUUGCAAUAUUGUAUUUAAUUGAAAAUACACCGCACGAUUCAUGAAGCAGUAUCUUCAUUGCCACAUUGCUUAAACUUAUUCAUGAUUCUGCUUUUAGGCUCAGCGUGCUAGAGUAGUAUUUAAACAACAAAAAGUUUAAAAUAAAAAUAAAAUUUGCAACUAAAUUAAGGAAUCUUAAAACAUUUUUUUUGUAGAUUUUCAUCUUUUCUUAAGGGUUUUCAAAAGUCAAACUUUUACGAAAGAAACAUUAUCCACCAAAAAGCGUCACAUUGACGUGUCUUGAGUAUGUACGUUGCCCCUUUUAUCAAGCUGAAUGACUGCUAUAUUUUAAAAGAGAACGUUUCGCUAUAACGUUGAAGAAGAAUUGCAAUGCAGCCAUGUUAUAUUAGUUGUCGCCAUAUUUGAUGACGCCACUUUAAAUCAACUGACGUCAAAUUUGUUGUCAUAAAAAACCACAAUCAUUAUAGUUUAAUUGUGAAACUUUCACGAUGGGUAAACGCAAGGUGAAUAAGAAUCAAUAUAAAAACAAAUCAAAUAAACAAGUUAUUAACAACCAGCUUGUACAAAAUAAGUCUGACGCUGAAGCAAAACAAAGCAGUGCGACAGACAUUACCAUUUUAAAGAAAGAUGCAACAAUAGUCGCAGAUGAAGAGAAACUUAACGUUGCAUCUAAUCAGAAAAUGGAAGACGAUAUUGUUAUUGCUGUUAUGACGAAACAGCUGAAUUGUAACACUGCAAUUAUUAUAUCAUUAAAAAAUGAUAUAGCAAAUCAAGUGAUUGACAUUGAAGCCAAAGAUGCAACCAUAGCUGCAAUGAAAAUUGACCAGCAAAGGUUGAAUUCAGUUCAUGAUGCGAUUUCAGUACAGAAUAGCAUUCUUGAGAAGGAACUGGCUCAUGCAAAACUUGGAAAUGAAUCCGUCAAUGAGCAGUUGUUAAAGAUGAAUCAACAAAAUGCGUAUUUAAGUACAACUGUUGAAGAUUAUAAAAAGAAAAUUGAAGCUGCAGAAUCGCGUAAUAAAUCUUUGGAACUCCAGCUUUUGGAGUCAACCCGAAAUGUUAAGGCUUAUGAAGAUGAAUGCGCGCAUCUUCUGGAUGAGAUAGCACUUCUUAAGCAAAAGAAUGAAAAGCAGCUUCUAGAAGUUGGGGAUUUAAAGUCAACAAUAUCAAAAUACAAAAACAAUAUGGCGAUGAAAGAUAAGGAAUUGGUUUAUAUGAAAGAAAAGGAAGGGAAAACCUGCCAAGAAAAUGAAAGCACUAUUGCGAAGCUCCUUGCAGAGCAUGCAAUUAAAAUAUCUCUUUUGAAGUUGCAGCUUGAAGAUGAGCAUUGCCAAAGAGAGAAUAGCAUUUCAAAAUUAUCGAAAGAAAUGAUCUGUAAAGAAACACAGGUUACUAAGCUUCAACAACAAAAUUGCAAUCUGGAAGCUAAUCUGAAAUCUUUAAAAGAAAGAUUUCACGAAUCAAAUGCGUCAACACAGGACAUAGUUGGGCAUUUUAUGACAGACAUUGAAAGGAAAUAUUCAACAAAAUGUUUCUACCAAUCGAGAAUCAAAUGCUCGACCGUCACAUCUCGUCUGCAGUUGAUAAUGGACAAGAUAAAUGAUGAAUUCUCAAUAUGUAAUUGAGAUUUUAAAAAACAUUUUUAUUAUUUUA